AUGGAACUUUUAGAAGAGAAUUACAAGCAUUCGGCUGAGAGACUAGAUAGACCAUCUCAAUAUUUGAUUAAGAAAGCUGUCCGUAGACAAAAUUUUGAUAACUUAAAUCGAGCCUUACACCUGAAAACAGUUUACGUCGGUAAUUUAUCACAUUUCACUAGUGAAGAGCAGAUACAUGAAUUGUUUCUGAAAUGUGGAACAAUUGAUAGAAUUAUAAUGGGAUUGGAUAGAAAUAAAUUGACACCUUGUGGUUUUUGCUUCGUCAUAUACAAAAGAGAGGAAGGGUCAUUAAAUGCAAUGAAAUUCCUUAAGGGAACAAACUUAGACAGUCAAGUUUUAGAAAUUGAUUUAGAUCCAGGUUUCCGUGAGGGGAGGCAGUUUGGUAGAGGUGUGUAUGGUGGACAGGCUAGUCAAGAAGGAAAACAAGAUAAUGGAUUUCAGAGAAAGAGAUUUGAACAUAGAGGUGGUUUUAGAGGAAGAGGAAGAGGAAGAGGUGGUUUCAGAGGAAGAGGUGGUUUUAGAGGUGGAAGAGGACGUGGUGGAUAUAGAAAUCACAAUUCGUCUAACCCACAGCAAGAUGCAUCUGUUUAUAUUCCAUCCAGUGACCCGUCAUUCAAGGCACCUACAACCUUCAAUCCAAUGGCCGAUAUGAGUAAUGAGAAUCAGGAACAAUGGUAA